ACCAAGCACCCGCGCGUCCAGAGCCAGGUUGUUGUUGCCAUGAGGACAGCGAAGCAACAGGGAAACCGAUUCUGCAGCAACACGCUUCUUCAGGAGUUGAAUGUUUCAGAAUGGGAGGAUGAAGCUAUCUUGUUAUGACAUGUCUGUCUAUUUCUCUCACAUUGCAGGUUUCAUCUGGAUUUAUUUCUGAGCAACAAAACGUUUUGAAGAUGUACUCUGCUCUUUUGAAUUAUCUGUCUUUGUGCCAACAGUUUAUCCAGUGACAAUUUCAGAAAAACCCACUUGCAAAUGAAAUCUUACAUUUUUUUUUUACAACAUAAUUGUGAAAAUGGAGCUAUCACAAUGACAAGCCCUCCAGACUGAAGAAACGGUGAGUUACAAUACUUGAUUAUCUUUUGCUUCUUUCCACACAAUCACUGUUAUUCUGAGCCUUUUAUAAUACCAUCCACUGUAUUUGAGCUCUUGGAAGCCACAGGCCCCAGCAAAUAACUGUGAUUUCACCUUUGUAUGCUGUUUUCACUCUCGAGCAUGUACGCUCCCAGAGGAGUUCAGGAGGAGUCGGCCUCCAUCACUCAGUGCUCUGGGGAGCUGCUGUCAUCACCAGCAGUCAGACUAUACAGUAUUCCCCAGCUCCAUACCGUGUCGAGAUAAAAUGACCACCUUAAAAAUAUGAAGCUGUGUCUCUCAUAAGCAGGAAGGCAACCAGAUGUUUCAGGGGAUUGCCGUCCACCAAUGGCUGUGCUGGGGAGCUCUCUACCUGUUGGCAGCGAGGGUGGCAUUGUCAUCUGAAACACGCCGGCCAUGUCCACAGUCCUGCCGCUGCAACGCCGUGCUGCAGCAGGUGAACUGCUCCGAUGGCCAACUUACCACAGUGCCCGACAUUCUCCCACAAAACACUAAACUACUAAACCUAACACAGAAUAAGAUCAAGACUCUGGUGCACGAGCAGUUCAACAGUUUGCCACAACUUUUAGAUUUGGAUUUGAGUGACAAUAUUAUGGCAAUAAUUGAAGUGGAAGCAUUUCUCAGCUUGGAAAGACUGAUAACUCUGCGUCUUGCUCGUAACCACCUGAAGAUUAUUCCUGUCGGAGUGUUUGCUGGUUUGCCAAAACUAAAGUUACUGGACAUAAGCAGCAAUGAGAUCCUUGUUUUUCUAGAUUUCACUUUCCGUGAUCUAACUGCCCUGCAGUUUAUUAAAGCGUCAGACAAUGACUUAGUUUUUAUUUCUCAUCAAGCUUUCACUGGCUUAACCAGUCUGCAAGAGUUGCACCUUGACGGCUGCAACCUCACUGCUGUGCCGACAGAGGCGCUCACACAGCUCAGUGGAUUAAGAAGUCUUCAUUUUCACCAACUGGGCCUCGCCACGCUGCAAAACUACUCGUUCCGUCAACUAGAGCGUCUCAAGGAACUUGUCAUUACUCGUUGCCGCUGGCUGGAAACCCUGUCAGGAAACAGUCUCUUUGGCCUAAAUCUUACAUCCCUAACCAUUAAACACUGUAAGCUCAGAGCGGUCCCCUACAUCCCUUUACAUCAUCUUGUAUAUCUUGUAUACCUUGACCUUUCUUUUAACCCAAUCACUGACAUUCAUGGGAACCUGUUUGGAGACUUGCUCCGGCUCCAAGAGCUCCAUCUGGUAGGCGGCUCAUUGCUACGUAUCGAAAUCGGAGCAUUUAAGGGUUUGGCUCAUUUCAAAUUGCUGAAUGUAUCUAGAAAUCUUCUCACCACACUCGAGGUGGGAGCUUUCCAUUCAGUGGACACCCUAAAAACUCUGGGACUUGAUAACAACCCACUAGCAUGCGACUGCCGUCUGCUGUGGGUGGUGCCAAGGCGACUGAAUCUGGACUUUGGUGGAAAUCCACCGACUUGUACUACCUCAGUUCAAUUGCAGGGACUGUAUUUUCUAGACUUUACUGAAGCUGAGCUACCAGGCCUGCUCACAUGUCGGCAGCCUCGUAUUCUGAACCGCAAACCUCGAGAAGUGAGAGUAGAUCAAGGUGACACGGUGGUGGUUUAUUGCAUUUCAGAAGGUGACCCUCUGCCAUCUGUCACCUGGAUAAGCCCACAGCUAAAACCUCUAUCUCCCAUUGGUAGAAUACGAGUUCUCUCUAAUGGUACGCUGGAGGUUCGCUACGCUCAACCUCAAGACAGUGGUGCUUAUCUCUGUGUGGCAUCUAAUGCGGCAGGAAAUGACAGCCUGCCCGUCAGCCUUCAUGUCCGAGCCUUUCCAUCAUCUUCUAAAAAACUGUUUCGUCUUAAAGGUUGGUUUGCCUUUCCGUCUGCCUCUCCAGGUGUGAAUGGAAAUCAGAAUAUCCCAUUUGAUGUCAAGACAUUACUGGUAGCUGCAACCAUUGGGCUUCUUUCAUUUUUCAGCUCUGUCAGCAUAUGUUUCAUCUUCAUGUUCUUCUGGAGUAAGAGUAAAGGCCAAUUAAAGCACACAGCCACGAUAGCAUACGUCCCGCGAAGCACCGUGUCAAGUAGUAACGGAGGGAAAGGCAACUAUAUGGAGCCAAGCAGGUUCACCAUGAAACUAAUAUGACUUUCACGUGGUAUGACUUGGUGCAUUCAAAUGUAAAACUUGUAUUUAAAUUUACAGAGACAGAAUUAAUUUAAUUUUGGAGCGUGUCAACUUGUUUCCAACAGAGGCUGACUGUUGAUUAAUUCAUAUAAAUGUAAGCAUGUUAGCUAGAACCCAUAUUAUGCAUAGUAAGUAAGACAUACAGUGAAUUGUGCUGGUAUAAGCCCUUCUGGACAUAACUAGGACUUAAGUUACAUUUUAGGAACAUCUAAACUAGCGGGGGACAUAAUUGAUGAGCUUUUUUUUAUGCCUGUCUAGCUCCACUAUAACAAAGCCUGAAUGUAAAGCAACUACAGUAAGCAAUAUUUAAUUAUGCAUGUAACAUGAAGAUAUGUAAAGUUGUUUAUGCCUUUGUUGACGUGUAUAUAUAUGGAAGCAAUUUAAGAACUUGUUGGUUUUGUACAUUUAGUUUGAAAUAGUCGAUUUUUUAAUUGAAAUUAUUACCUCAGAUGUUAACCAUGUUAACCUUAUAUUAAGGUUAAUGUACACAAUAUUUGCAUAUAGCAUGCCAUUUCUACAUAAUUCUAUUAGAUAUUGUUUGCUAGAAUACUAGAAUUGGCACUUACUGCUGUACUCAUUAUUUAAUGGAUGUGUAGAAUGUGUGUUUUCAUUAAAUUCCCAAAUAAAGCUC